GGUAUUUUGAAAAGGAUUGUCACGAAGUCCUGAAGUGUUGAGCCAGUAUAGUAGGUGACGGCACCUAAUUGGUUCCUCUCCAUGUCCGAAAUGUGGUGUCGUUUCUCAAGUAGAUUGCCUCUGCCGGCGAUGAUGCGGACCUGUAGCAGCACUGCAUCAUCAGCAUGUUCUCAGCAGGCGCAGACAUGGACUCGGAUGGCUGGUGGUUCUGAUAUCAAGGAAAUUCGUGAGCACAUGUGGAAUUCGUUCCUGGGUGUCGACCAUCGUACUGUUGAACUGCCCUGGUGCAAAGAUCGAUGGGCUGAUGCGGUGGCAGCAGCUGCUGAGAAACGUGAAACAGCUGCCCCAUUUCAGCCUGACAUUGAACCACACACUGUUGAGGAUAGCAAAGUUGUUGGAUACAUUCCACUGGGGACGAGUGCAGAACGUCGCAUAGCCUACAUGAACAUUAUGGGUGGUGUGCGUGCAGGGCUGCUGCUAGAAGACAUGGACAUUAUCGCUGCCUACUCGGCGUACAUGCACUGCUCGCAACAUGGGAAUCUAGAUGAUGCCAAGCAUCUCCUCAUCGUUACGGCGUUGGUUGACCGACUGGACAUCCGCGAGAAGAUCUCACUGGAGCGGGACAUUCGCCUGACCGGAAUGGUAUCCUGGGUCGGCACAAGCUCCAUGGAAGUGACUAUUUUCAUCGACCAAGAGGACGGUAGCGCUGACUGUACGUCCACAGCGGAGAACACAGCGAAUACUUGCACUGCCAGUGCGAACACAGCCGAUCACGCCGUGUCCUACGCUGAACAGUCUAGCAACGACAUUCGGCAGUGGAAGCGUUUGGCCGAGGCUACACUGGUAAUGGUGGGCCGCGAUCCGACAACGAACGAAGCUGCCCAAAUCAACUUCCUCCAGCUCCGUACACCAGAGGAAAUCGACAUGUUCCAGCAAGGCGAGAAACGAAAAGCGGCGCGCCAGAAAAUGGCCAAAGAGUCGCUAACCCGGCACCCUCCAAAUGAGGACGAACGGAAAACAGUUCACGAGCUCUUCCUGCAAACCGUCGAUUCCUCCUCGGCGUCGCUUCAGGAUGAUCCACGGCUGCCGGAGGGUUCCGUGUGGAUGUCCGACACACGCAUGUCCUCGGUACGACUCUGUCAUCCGCAGCAUCGCAAUAUUCACAACAAGGUGUUUGGUGGAUAUCUGAUGCGGCAGGCGUUCGAACUUGCCUGGGCAUCAGUGAGUGUUUUCACACAGUCCUUGCCUCAGUUCAUUGCUAUGGAUGAUACUUUCUUUCAAGUGCCAGUGGAGAUUGGAGAUAUGUUGGAAUUCAAGGCUCAGAUUGUCUUCACCGAAGGACCGUAUUUGCAGGUUUCCGUGCACGCCGAGAAGUUUGGCCACGUCAGUGGAGCGCGGCAGACCACUAAUGUCUUCCACUUCACCUUCGCCAGCCUGGAGAAGGAGCCACUGAGGAUCCUUCCGAAGACGUACUCGGAGGCCAUGCGUCACAUCCACGGCAAGCGCUGUUACGACAAGGCCAUGCACAGGCUCAACAGCUACAGGGCCGGUCCUGCCAACAAUCAUCAGCGACCAUUAGUAUCCAAACUGUAACAUCUAUAAACAGAAAUCAAAACACUGGCUUAUCAGUAACUUUGACCCAUGAGUGGAAACGUGUGACACUAGUCGGUGCUUCAGCAUACUAACAGUGCUGGAUAUGAUUGAACCAAGAGUGCUCAGCCGUUGAGUUAUGACAUACCUGGUGGCAGUUUGUGCUCGCAUGCCCACAUACCGGUUUCUAUUUUAUUGAUCUACUUCAAGUAUUUUCAACUAUUUUGUACCUUUUUUUAGGACCGACGAGACUUGACAAUAACUCCUUGAGCGUGUUCAAUUUUAUUUUAUCUAUUUCAAAUUAUUUUGUAUCUUUCAGCAAGAAACUUCACGACAUAUUUUGAUGUCACUGUUCUUUGCUGAGAGUUUUGCUCAGGCUUUGUGUUGUAGACCUAUUCUAGGUUAUAGUUUGUCCUCUUGGCCUUAGGGCAUACGCGUUCUGCUAUAUACAUGUACACCCGCACUCUCUCCUCUCUGUCUGAACGCCUCCCUGCGGCUUCAAUGGAGCAGUGUACCCUCUGGGCACUCUCCUUCACUUGCUCACUCUUCACUCCUUAGCUGCGCAUUCUUAUUAGGUGCUUUCUGAUCAAUAAUAAAUCUGCAACAAAGCUAUAGCCCGUUCUUGAAUCUUCUCUGCUGUAUAUGAUCAAUCAAGAGUACGGUUGUGUUUUCUUGA